GAUGGAGAGCCCUACGUCGAAGGCCCAUUUCACAGGUCUCUCUUUCAGUUUAUUUUUCUUCGAUGAAAACUCAUUGAUUAGCUAGCCACAAUCUCGACUCAUCGGGACUCGCCGAUUCUUCCAGAACAAACCAGGGUUUGGCAUUCGACAGCCAUAGCCAAGAGCUCCGCUGAGAACGACAGAGUAAGAGGGGGACGAAAUGUCUUCGUUUUUGCAAACUCUUUUGAAUCCGAAGAAGAACUGGUUGGCUGCUCAGCACAUGAAAUCCGUUUCCCAAAGCCUCCGUAACUACGGGCUGCGAUAUGACGAUCUGUACGACCCCUACUACGAUCUGGACGUGAAGGAAGCCCUUAAUCGGCUGCCCAGAGAGAUAGUUGACGCCCGUAAUCAGCGUCUCAAACGCGCCAUGGAUCUUUCUAUGAAACAUCAGUACCUCCCUGGGGAUCUUCAGGCCAUGCAAACACCUUUUAGGACCUACCUUCAAGAAAUGCUUGCUUUGGCAUGUGAUUUGCUCCUGCCAGUUCUGAGGUUGAAUCCCUCCUGGGUGCUUACAUAGUAAUUGCUGAAGUUUUUUGGUUCUCAAAUAUUGUAAGGUGAAGAGGGAGAGAGCAGAGCGUGACGCUUUGGGAGCCUUGCCACUAUAUCAGCGCACCAUUCCCUAAGCAUGUUAUUGCUUCUUGUAACUAUCUUUAAGAGCGGAUCUCCGAGCAUAGUUACGUUUGCGUUUGUGAUAGAUGUGUUUCAAUACUGGAAGUGGAGAUUGUUCCUCCUCUAGAGCUUAUUUCCAAUUAUUUUGCCUUUAGGUAUCUGAAAAGAGUUUUCGGACGAUUGCCAGAUAAGGCUUUGCCCUUUAUUUUCGAUAAUGAUGAAGGAUUCAAGUUGUUCUGUUUUAUAUACUUCAAUAAAAUAAGGCUAUUUGGUUUACAA